AUGGCGAACAUAGAAUCUGAAGCAGUCGAUUUCGAGCCGGAGGAGGAUGACCUUAUGGAUGAAGACGCUGGAGAUGUCUCUCCACGCGCGGGGCAUCCCAGAUUGAGGUCGGCUAUUGCCGGAGCAAAUGGCGAUUCGGCGCAGAGGAAGACCAAAGGCCGUGGGUUUCUCGAGGAGAGAGAUUCCGAUCGACAGCGCCGCCUUUCCUCCCGCGACUUCGAAUCACUCGGUUCCGAUGGCGGCCCUGGCCCGCAGCGAUCCAUUGAGGGAUGGAUUAUUUUGGUCACCGGAGUUCAUGAGGAGGCACAAGAGGAUGAUAUAACGAAUGCUUUUGGUGAUUUUGGGGAGAUCAAGUCUCUACAUUUGAAUCUCGAUCGCCGUACUGGUUUUGUCAAGGGCUAUGCUUUGGUAGAGUAUGAGAAGAGUGAAGAAGCACAGAGUGCUAUUACAGCAAUGGAUGGUGCUGAGCUUCUGACAAAGAAUGUCAACGUAGACUGGGCCUUCAGCAAUGGACCAACUGUUAAUCCUUACAGGAGAAAGAGCCUGAGGUCUGGGAGGUCGCAACGUUCACGAAGCCCGAGAAGACGAUACUGA